AUGGAUCCUACCGAAGACAUUGAAGAGCACAAGCAACAUGCUAGAUUUGAAAACAAGGACGAGUUUGUAGCCCUACGCGAUCAGCUCUUCGCACUCGAUAUCCACGAAACGGAGGCACCCGACGAUGGUCAUAUGGUAAUGCAAAAGCUUGUCAACAUCUUCAGCUCGUAUCAGGAGCAGCCUUACUUAUGGGAUCCGUAUCUCGAGGAUUUGUUGGCUCCGGCUGUGAACAGGCUCAAGGACCACGUUAUCGAGUUUCACAAGGAUCCCAAUAGGAAAAUAAACACCCUUCGGAUGCGUAUGUUCUCCGAGUUCUUGUACAACUUCAUGAAACUGCGAGGCUACAAAACACUCACAAGAUUCUUUCCUCACGAAAUCUCCGAUCUCUCCAUCACUCUCGACUAUAUCACCUCCCCAGAGUCGCCAGCCGAACGAGUGGACGCGUGGGCACUACGUUACAUCAUCCUUCUAUGGCUCUCCCUUGUCUGCAUGAUCCCAUUUGAUUUGGAACAGUUCGAUGAAGUUGGCAAGGCUGGAGAGACAGCAUCACGUAUUGAACAAGUUGGCAAGCAAUACUUGACUAGGGCUGGUAUCGAUCGCGAAGGAGCAGCAAUACUGCUCUCCCGAUUCUACAUGAGGCGACCUAUGGGCAUCUGUCGAGCCCUGUGUGAAGUAACAAAACUCGGAUCAGCGGAGCAAGUGAAGGAUCAUAGAGGACUCCUGCUAAGUUUCUCCGGCAUACUGGAAAGCAACGAGAGCCUUAUGGGUAAUACGAUCAUCCGCAAGUUCCGCACCAAACUCGUAUCUCGGACUGUCAUCCGUCUUCUCCCCGCGAAGACACGGCGUUUACGUGCCAAAGGGCGAGCUCUCGCAGACGAGCAUGGCGCUGACUCAGAGGACGUCUUCGAGGAGGACGACUUUGAAGCGCCUGAAGAGGUCGAAACGGUCCUUGAGGAUCUGUUCAAGGCGCUUCGGGACAAGGAUACAAUCGUCCGCUAUUCCGCUGCCAAGAGCAUAGCUCGCAUCUCUGAGCGUCUUCCUGCCGACUUCGCUGAACAGGUACUGGAGCAAGUGAUGCACCUCUUCACCAUCCACUCAGCUGCUAUCGCGAGCUUGUACGACAUGCCGAGUAUUGCGGAGGCGACAUGGCAUGGCGCGUGCCUGGCGUGCGCGGAGAUGGCCCGCCGCGGUCUCAUACCUGACGAGCGUCUCGCAGAGCUCAUCGGAUGGUUAGGAAAGGCACUGUACUUCGAUAUCCGCAAGGGAGCUCAUUCAAUAGGCUCGAACGUGCGAGAUGCGACUUCAUAUGUCCUCUGGUCACUCGCUCGAGCACAGAGUAUAGAUGCACUGCGACCGCAUGCUCUGGGCCUUGCAAGGCAGCUCGUGAUAGUAUCACUGUUCGACCGCGAGGUCCAUAUCAGACGCGCAGCAAGUGCAGCCUUUCAGGAAUAUGUGGGAAGAACUAGCCUGUUUCCGCAUGGCAUAGAUGUCCUGCGAAAAACAGACUUCUAUGCGGUCGGAAUUCGCAAGAAUGCUUUCCUAGUCGCCGCUCCGGAGGUAGCGGUACACGACGAGUAUCGCGACGAGCUAGUGAAUCACCUUAUCAACGUCACACUACGACAUUGGGAUCCAGCCAUGAGGCAGAUGGCGGCGCAAUCCCUGAGCGCAAUUUGUCAGCUCGACUUGGUCAACCUUGGACCAGCUGCUGCCACCCGAAUGAUCCAUCUCCUGCAUCCGCGUUCAGAUCCGGGUGACAUCCAUGGGGCCCUGCUAGCUCUCACAGAGCUUGGAUCCGCUUUCCAUGGAUCGCCUUUCAAGGAGCAACUAGAACCGGAGCGUCGCAAGCUUUUUUCAGCUCUAUCUAAUGUUCCACUCACACUGAUCAAGUCAGUACGCCAAGACCUCGUCGCUGCCGCCGCCUGCCAGCUCAUCGCCGCCGCCAUUUCCACCUCCGAGACACAACAUAACCACACGUCCGUUCCGUUCUGGCGCCAGGUCGUUGACACUGGUCUUCGGAGCAAGACACAGACGGUUCAGGAAGCUGCUGCGGUUGCACUUGCGGCAGUCAGCCACCUCGUCAACUGUUCCGCCGUCCUCGAGCGGCUCGUGAAAGAGUUCGAAAAGGGAACAUCACACAUGCAGCAGAGCCUCGCCCGCGUCCUCGGUGUUCUGGAUUACGCGGCCUACCCACAUGGGGUUCAAGCCGCCGUUCAAUGUCUGCUGCGGAUGGUCGACCGGAAAGGAGGCACGGCGAGCGCCGACAUCGAGGCCCGGCGGAAUGCAUUCAGCGCGAUGCCGCUCAUCCUGUCCACCGUCUCCGGCGAUCUACUCUCCCACCUCCCGCCGGCGCUCGUGUGCGCGAUGACGGACGCGCUCCUCAACGGCCUCACGGACUACUACAGCGACGAGCGCGGGGACGUCGGCUCAUGGGCGCGCAUGGCGUGCGUGCGCGCGCUGACCGCGUUCGCGCGCACGCUGUGCCCGUGCGCGCCCGCGCUCCCGCUCGCGGCGUACUUCCCCCCGGAGCGCUUCCACGACGCCCUGGGGGGCAUCAUCAAGCAGGGCGUCGAGCGGCUCGACAACGUCCGGCAGGCCGCGGGAGAGUGCGUAUCCGAGCUGCUGGUGCUCCCGCCGCCGGCGGAGGCGGACCCGGGACCGUGGAAGAUCCGGUGCGAGGAGAAGAUGAAGCGGCUGCUGUUAGACGAAAAGGAGCUUCCGCAGUGGAGCAACGGGGCAUGGCUGUUCCCGAGGGCGGUGCAGGUGCUCGACAUCGAGCGGUACCGGGCGCAGGUGCUCGCGGGGAUUGUGUUGAGUGUGAACACGAAGACCGACAGUACGCAACGGCCGGUGACGUCUGCACUGGUGGGAUGGGCAUCGAAGCUGCCGGUUGCAACCUACGAGCCGGACCGCUACGAUCUCCGGGGGCUCGUGCGUGAUCUGUUGGCGCAGGCCAUGGUUAACACUGCGUCAAAUGCUGCGGUUAUCCCGGUGAUCCAGACAUUCAACGUCCUGUUGGAGGCCGAUGUCUUCGAAGAGCUACAACAUGACGUGGAGGGUUUGAAAACAAUACGGUCCUUGCACAAUCUUGUGACGAGGAACGCUUCGAGGUUGAAGCUCCCGCAGCGCAUAAACGUAUCCAUGAAGUGUUUGGUCAACCUGUUGACCCUCUCUGAGGUGCAAAAGGAAUGUAUCAAACCUCUUGAGGCAUAUAUAAACCAUCAAUAUCCCAGGAUACGAAUUGAGACGGCCGAGUACUUGUAUCUCACGCUGUCUAGCCGAGAGACCGGCAUGGAAACCGAAGACGUGGAAGAAAUCUUGCUUGAGACAGAGUGGGGUUUGAAAGAGGAGCCUGGAGGAACUUCCGUGUCGCAAGCUGCCAACAAAUGCCUCGCUUUGCUCGCAGAGAAACUGCCCACGUAG